AUGGGGAGGGGACCCGCUUUACCGGUGGGGACCCGCACGACUCUCGCCUGCGCCCAGCCAGAUCCACCGGCUGGUUCUUCACCCCGCUCUGACGGCCAAGCGCCCAGCCCUUUCUCUCUGCCUGGGCACCAUGCCCAGGGCAAGGGACAGCGCCUGGGCUGUGUCUGCAAAGAUAAAGGCCAGUGCUUCUGUGAUGGGACCAAAGGAGAGAAGGGGGAGAAAGGCUUUCCUGGACCCCCUGGUUUUCCUGGACAGAAAGGGUUCCCAGGCCCUGAAGGCUCGCCGGGACCCCGGGGACCCAAGGGCUCUCCAGGACUUCCAGGACUCACUGGUCCCAAAGGUGUCAGGGGAAUAAGCGGAUUGCCAGGGUAUUCAGGCCCACCUGGACUUCCAGGCAUUCCUGGCAAUUCAGGGCCAUACGGACUUCCUGGUUUACCAGGAUGCAAUGGUUCCAAGGGUGACCAAGGGUUCCCUGGCAUUCCGGGGACACCAGGCUACCCAGGGUUCCAGGGUGCUACUGGUUUGAAAGGACAAAAGGGUGCUCCUGCUCAAAGAGAAGAUGGAGAAAUCAAUGGAAAAGGAGAUCCAGGGGUGCCUGGCCCUCCAGGAUUCCAGGGUUUGCCAGGCCCUCCUGGAUUUCCAGGACCUCCUGGCCCACCAGGACCUCCCGGAAUCUUUGGCUUUCCAGGAGCUCCAGGACCAAGAGGACCUAAGGGUUAUAUGGGUGAUAACGUGGUUGGACAGAAAGGAGAGCGGGGUAUAAAAGGAUUAACAGGACCUCCUGGACCACCAGGAACUGUUAUUGUGACACUCACCGGCCCAGAAAACAGAACGGACCUCAAGGGGGAGAAAGGAGACAAAGGAGCUACUGGUGAACCCGGACCUCCUGGACCCCCAGGACUGCCUGGAGAAUCCUAUGGAUCUGAAAAAGGUGCUCCUGGAGAACCUGGUGCUCAGGGGAAACCUGGGAAAGAUGGUGCUCCUGGCUUCCCUGGCACUGAGGGAGCCAAGGGCCACAGAGGCUUCCCUGGGUUAAGGGGUGAAGUUGGACUUAAGGGAUGGAAAGGAGACCCAGGCCCUCCAGGAUUUCGUGGUCCAACAGAAUAUUAUGACACUUACUGGCAAAAGGGAGAUGCAGGAAUUCCAGGGCCCCCAGGGCCCAAAGGAGUUCGUGGCCUACCAGCUGGUACCAGUGGCUUGCCUCCUGAUGUGGGUGGAUCCUGCCCAGGAUCAUCAAAGCCUGGCCCCAGUGGAGCCCCUGGAUGGCCAGGCUUAAAAGGAAGUAAAGGGAAGACAGGACCCCCGGGAAAGGACAUGGUGGGGCUUCCCGGGUCUCCAGGCUGUCCUGGGACACCAGGGCCCCCAGGAUCACCAGGACCUCCAGGACCUCCAGGUGAUGUCAUUUUUCGCAAAGGUCCACCUGGUGACCGUGGACCGCCAGGCCAUCCGGGGUCCCCCGGCACCCCAGGAGUCGAUGGCCCCAAAGGAGAAGCAGGCCUUGUGUGCACACAGUGUUCUUAUAUCCCAGGGCCCCCUGGUCUUCCAGGAUUGCCAGGGUUUGAUGGUCUCAAAGGCAUCCCAGGAGGACAAGGUCCAGCUGGUGCUAAAGGAAGCCCAGGGUCCCCAGGGAGUGCAGGUCCGCCAGGAUUUCCGGGAUUUCCAGGUGCCCUGGGUGCUCCAGGAUUUAAAGGAGAAAAAGGUGAAACACCUCAGCCUCAGGGGCAAAUGGGUGUCCCUGGGGAGCCUGGGCCCAGAGGACCACCAGGAAGAAAGGGCUUGGAUGGAACUCCUGGAUCUCCAGGAUUAAAAGGAUCACCAGGACCUAAGGGCGACCCGGCCCUGAGUGGAGAGAAGGGGGAUCGCGGUCUUCCAGGGAAUCCUGGGUCCCCUGGGCCUCCAGGGCCUGAAGGACCAGCAGGACCACCUGGCUGUGGACCCCAGGGAGAGCCAGGUCCAAAAGGCACCCAAGGAGUUCCUGGAGCCCCAGGACUGCCUGGAAAAGCCGGUCCUAAGGGAGAACCCAGUGUUUCACUCCCAGUCCCAGGCCCCCCAGGACCUCCAGGGCCCCCUGGCCGUGUGGGCCCCCGAGGCCCCCCUGGUCUCCCUGGCUCCAUGGGAAGAUGUGAUCCUGGUCUCCCUGGACCUGAAGGGGAACCAGGAAUCCCAGGAAUCGGACUUCCUGGACCUCCAGGACCAAAAGGAGAUCGAGGCUUGCUAGGAGCUAAAGGACCCCCAGGCUACCCUGGGAAAAUGGGAGAGCCUGGGUUUCCCGGAGAUCCAGGCUUCCCAGGAGCCAAGGGGGAACCAGCUCUAGCCAGGCCUGGAGAACCAGGAAAACCAGGUUUUCCAGGAGAAAGAGGCAAUUCUGGGGAAAAUGGAGAAAUUGGACUCCCUGGACUUCCCGGCGUCCCUGGACUUCCAGGAAAAGAUGGGCUGGAUGGACCUCGAGGAGAUCCGGGGCGGGCCGGACCACCUGGAGAAAAAGGACCCCCAGGAAAGUGCUUAGAGGGUCCCAGGGGCGUUCCAGGCCUUCCCGGCUUAAAUGGACUGCAAGGACAGCCAGGUCGAAGAGGUGAACCAGGACCAAAGGGAGACCCUGGCAUUCCGGGCUUGGAUAGGUCAGGAGCCCCGGGAGAACCUGGACCUCCCGGAGUGCCAGGUCACCAGGGGGAGAUGGGACCACCAGGUCAGAAAGGACGUCCAGGUGCUCCAGGACCUUCAGGACUCCCAGGUGAAAGAGGCACAGUUGGGAUGAUGGGCUAUCCUGGGACCAUCGGCCUUCCUGGGCCUCCUGGGGAGCCAGGCUCACCAGGGCAAAAGGGCAGCCUUGGAAUUCCAGGAAUGAAAGGCACAAGAGGACCCCCAGGAGCCAAAGGGGAACAAGGAGAAAAAGGAAUCCCUGGGCCCUCUCGCAUAACCCAGUUAAAGGGGGACAAAGGAGAACCAGGCCUCAAAGGAUUUACAGGAAAUCCAGGUGAGAAAGGAAACAGAGGCACUCCGGGCUUGCCAGGCUUACAGGGUCUCCCAGGACCCACUGGACCACCAGGACCACCAGGCCCGAGAGGAGAUUUGGGGAGAACUGGGAAUCCUGGAGAAGCAGGACCACCUGGCAUGGCUGGCGGCAUGGGGAACAUGGGUGUACCAGGUUCUAAAGGAAAACAAGGAACCAGAGGACUCCCGGGUCUAGCUGGAAGACCUGGCCUCCCUGGGGUUCCUGGGCUCCAAGGAGAAAAGGGAGAGCCAGGCUAUUCUGAAGGAGCAAGGCCAGGCCCGCCAGGACCAACGGGGGAUCCUGGACUGCCAGGUGACAUGGGAAAGAAAGGAGAAAGAGGGUCACCUGGCCCACCUGGACAGGCGGGGCCUGCUGGACCUGAGGGAGCCCCUGGGAGUCCUGGAGUUCCUGGCCACCCAGGAAAGCGAGGCCCUGAUGGCAAAUUGGGGAACAAAGGAGUCAAAGGCUUCCGGGGUCCCCCAGGAAUCAAAGGCCCUCCAGGACUUCCUGGAUUGCCAGGAUCUCCUGGACCAGUGGGGAUGAGAGGUAACCAGGGACGUGAUGGAAUUCCUGGUCCAGCUGGGGAAAAGGGAGAAACAGGAUUGUUGGGGGCCUAUCCAGGCCCAAGAGGGAAUCCUGGUGCCCAGGGUGCCAAAGGAAACAAGGGGGCUCCUGGCUGGCCCGGCCUCCCAGGACAGAAGGGGACCAUGGGAGACACCGGGCCUCGAGGACCCAUGGGCAUCCUAGGAUUCCCCGGGCCACCUGGUCUACCUGGGGCAAUUAUCCCUGGUCGAAAAGGAAAUCGAGGGUCACCAGGUUCAAGAGGAAAUCCAGGUGAGCCAGGUCCCCCCGGACCUCCUGGAAGCCACAUCAAGGGCAUAAAAGGUGACAAAGGGUUGAUGGGCCAACCUGGCCCCAAAGGUCUACCUGGGCCUGUAGGAGACGUGGGGCCACCAGGUCAUCCGGGAGCACCAGGUGACCCGGGUCUCCCAGGGCCCAGAGGCGAUCCUGGAUUUCCUGGGUUUCCAGGCAUGAGAGGUGAGAAGGGCAAUCCUGGAUUUCCAGGAUCAAUUGGACCUCCAGGACAAGUUGGGAUGAAAGGACCACCUGGUCCACGUGGAGACCCUGGCACAAUUAAGAUCAUCUCCCUUCCGGGAAGCCCAGGGCCUCCUGGUCCACCUGGACAACCAGGAAUGCAAGGAGAAACCGGGCUGUUGGGGCCACCCGGAAAACCAGGACCAUGUGGACCAAAAGGUAUACCUGGCAAAGAUGGAAAACCAGGAAUUCCUGGACCAGUUGGAGAAAAGGGCAACAAAGGCUCUAAAGGAAAGCAAGGUCCACCUGGAUUCGAUGGAUUGCCAGGACUGAAGGGAAAACUGGGAGACAUGGGACCACCUGCAACGGGGACUACAAUGACAGGCUUUGUCUUCACCCGGCACAGUCAGACAGUGGUGCCGCCUCCAUGUCCAGAAGGAACACAGCCACUCUACAGCGGCUUUUCCCUUCUCUUUGUACAAGGGAACGAACGAGCCCAUGGACAAGACCUUGGAACUCUUGGCAGUUGCCUGCAGAGAUUUACCCCAAUGCCGUUUUUAUUCUGUAACAUCAAUAAUGUAUGCAAUUUCGCAUCUCGAAAUGAUUAUUCAUAUUGGCUGUCAACACCCGCUCUGAUGCCAAUGGAUAUGGCUCCAAUCACUGGCAGGGCCCUAGAGCCUUAUAUUAGCAGAUGCACUGUCUGUGAAGGUCCCGCGGUAGCCAUAGCCGUUCACAGCCAAACCACUACCAUUCCGCCAUGCCCGCAUGGCUGGAUUUCUCUCUGGAAGGGAUUUUCUUUCCUUAUGUUCACAAGUGCAGGCUCUGAGGGCGCCGGGCAAGAGCUAGCAUCUCCUGGGUCCUGCUUGGAGAAAUUCCGAGCCAGUCCAUUUCUAGAAUGCCAUGGAAGAGGAACAUGCAACUACUAUUCCAAUUCCUACAGUUUCUGGCUGGCUUCAUUAGACCCCGAAAGAAUGUUCAGAAAACCUACUCCAUCAACUGUGAAAGCUGGGGAAUUAGAAAGAAUAAUAAGCCGCUGUCAGGUUUGCAUGAAGAAAAGACACUGAAGAAAAGCUGAAGAAACUAGAAGAGCUCUUUUUUAUUUCCUCUUCAGGAACAAAGUAAUCACUCAGAGCCUGCAACUUUGAGGGAUUUUUUUUCCCCUCUAAACAUACAAUGUUCUAUGAAAAGCUUACUAGUAUCAAGUUUCAAACUGUUUUCUCACACAAGAAAGCAUUUCUUUCCCAUCAAUUCUAUGUCUUUAAAUGUGUUGCUUCAAAAUUUCCUGUGGCAAGGUAAUAACUCUUCACAAAUUAUAACUGCAAUCACAUUCCACUGUAUGGAAGCACUAAGAAGUGACUGUCUAAAGUUUGGUGCUACAAGUUUAGAGGUGCUUUUUCUGCUGAAUUCUAGCACAUGUUCUCUUCCAUUCUGUCAGAAAUAGGGAGGCUGGAUUGGCCUUUGUUCUUUCCUGAGACUGUAAACCUCAGGCAGAGGAAGCUGGGGCUUGUGGAAUAUUGGGGACAUCAUGACAGAAUGGGCCUUUAAGACCUGUGGAGCAGCCUGAGGCCUGAGGAAACAGAACUGAACAUGGUCCAUAGAUUUUUGAGGAGUCAUUCAAACACCCACAACUAAGGCAUUCCCUGGAUGGAACCAUAAUCACCUUGGAUAAAUACUAUAUGAUUUGGUUUAAACUACUUUUAUGGAUUCAUAUGGUUCAGCAUUGUUUAAUACAGUUUUAUAUUUCUUUGAAUAUUUCUGCUUGUUCACUGAAUUCAGUGUACUGUGUCAAAAUGGCCUGCCCAGUAUUCAAAGUAGUGAAAAGGUUGCUUGGUGAAUUAAUUUGAAUAAGACAUUGCAAUACACAUAUUCGGAAAUGUACCUAACUUUAUCUUCACUUUGCUAGUGUUAUUCACUAUCAAGGAUGAUACUUACAAGAUGUGCACUUUAUCCUGUUCCUAUAAAUGCUGGUUCAUGCCUUCUCUGACGGGUGGUAGAGUCAUUCAGUAAUACAUGAGUGAGCAGAAAGCAUUUGUUGGCUUAUCAGGCUCAGAAGAUUUUCUCUUUGCUCUAAAUAUUUUAUUACUUGGCUUUACAGACUUAUUCUCAAUUCUUUUUCUAAUACUCUUUUGUUGAAACAACAAAAAAAAAGAGAAAACCAUGUCUUUAUGUUACGAAUUUUCAUAACCUAAACUAGGUUGAGAGUGACCAUUAUGUAUAAACCUUCAUGGACAAAUUGCAGCUGUAUGUCUUAAAGCUUAAGCUUUUAAGACCUUUUACAUUCCCAAGUUUACCAACAGCACAGUUUACCCCAGCACUGUGUUAAAUUAGAGAGGGGGCAAAGUGUUUCAGAGCUUCUAUCUCAGAAAUGGUAUUUUAUUGCCUGUAUUCAGGAUUAGGGGUGUAGCUUAGUGGAAGAAUAUGCCAUUGGCAUGUGGAAGACCCUAUGUUGAUUUCCUGCACCAAAACUAAUCAAGCAAAUAAGCAAAAAAAAAAAAAAUCACAUUUAUAUGACGAGUUCUCCCUCUUCCCUUUAUUACCCUUUAUCACUUUUUCUCUAUUUCAUCCUCACUAUUCAGUAGAUAUGAAUAAAAGUUUAAAAGUUUGGCAUCUAUGCCAAGGGAAAGACCAGGACCUGUAGCUUUUCCUAUGCACCACAGAAACUAAGGUCUGAGCAACAUAUAUGUUUUUUAAAAUCUAUAAAACAUUUAAGAAAUUCACUUAUACAUGAUGGUAGCUCUGUUUGAUGAGUCUUAGUGUCUAGGCAUCCAAAGGCACAGCAUUGAAGAUGUUUCUUGUCCACCCAGGUGGAACUAACUGGUGGUGCUAAUAUUUUCAUUCAGGCUACUGCUCCAAUCUUAAUCUUUUGUGAGUGAAAAUGUGACUCAGGAGCACAGAUAUGGUUUACCUUCACUGUUCACAUGGUUGCUGUCAAAACAUUUUUGCAUCCUAAGGCAUACAACAUUUUAUUAAGAUUUUGUACUCAGAUGCUAGACAACCACCCAGCUGGACACAGUUGUUCCCUCUUUUAAAGUCUAAAGUCAUAGGUGACUUCAAGGUGACAUAUUUUAUACUCCUAUACUGGUGCUAAUGCCAGAUGACUGGCCUUUGCUGAACCCCAUGCUGCCAUUUUCUUUCACCCUCAUCAGUAUUUAACUUCUAAGGAAGCCAAACAGCACUAAAGCCUUACAUACCCAUGAAGCCAUAUGAACAGUUGUGAAAGCAUACUUGUGCAAAUGAGCAUUACAGUUCAUGUGCAUUAUCAUCCAGUAGCUUAUGAAAUUAAGUUUUGUAAGCCAAAUGUCAGUUAACUUGUUUCUUUUAACUUUGGGGCUUCAACUUUGGAAUUUCACAGUGUGCUAACACAAUCAGUUUCUCAGAGUUUUGUUUUUGCAAGACAAACCUUAUUAAUUUAUUUAUAAAAGUUUUAACAAUGUUUAAAUCUGAACUGUAUUGUUCACUUACAAAGAUUUUUCUAUAUCAAAUGUUACUUAUGGCUACUAAACUUAAUUUAAUAUUUUCUCCAUAACCAAAUGAAAUAUAUUUAAGAUAUAUUGAAUAUUUUAUAUUGUUAUGUCCUGACAAACUUACAAUAUAUUGUAAUGUACUAAUUUUUCUGUAAUUAUAGCUAAAAAUCUUAUUUCAUUGUAUUGUUGGAAUAAAACUGAAAAAAAUGUACCUGUUUUUGUUUUUCAAAAUGGAAGUAAACAUAUUUUGGACUGUGAAACUAAUAAAUGGGUACUGUAAAAGUAACAGGUAAUAAGGAAAUCAUGAAGAAUACCAAGAUCUCUACAUUUCAAUCUUCACCACUCCUCACCCCAAAUUACCAUCAAGUAAGACAGUAAAAGAUAACGUAGAUUAGUAGUUUUAACCUUGGUAAUUAGAAGUAUAAUCUUGCUAUUGACUAAAUGAAAUCAGUUCAGGAGAAGGUAUCUUGAUUGAGAAGGUCUGGAGAACAUUUUUGAGUUUGAAACCAUUGGGACGACAGCAAUGGGACACUGAAGUUGAACUGACCUCACCCUGAGCAUGGAUGUGCUCAUAUGAUAUAUACAUUGUGGUUGUAAAACAGACAGUGGUUAAUUCAUAAAUGGAAAUACCCACAUUGAUGAGGGAACAGAGGAAGGCCAAUGGGAAUCUGUGUCACACAAAAGAAGAGAGGAGAUUUGCUAUGGAAGAAAGAGAAAAUAGUCCGAUCUUUUUUACUUGGAGACCCUACAACCAGACUUUAUUAAGUCCUUUGACACUCUAUACAAUACUCUAGCUCAUUUAAUAGGAUAAUAUAAUGUGUGUGCUAAAACAGAUGGCAGAACAUUUACAAUAAUUAGGAUUAAAGAGAGAAGAUUUGGGUUUGUGUAGGUAAACAAAUCAGUUGGGCUUUUCUCACCAUAGCUUCUGGAGGGCUUUGGGCCUGUACUUCCCAAGAACUGAUUCAGUCCAUCUGUGUAGCCUUGAGUCAUACAUGCAUGUGCUAAGUUGGGUAACCAUGCAUGCAGCCUUGAAGACCGGGUAUACACAUCUUCCUUCUAUGGACAUCCUUGGCCCAAAGCCACUUUGGUUUAGAAGGUGUACAAACAGGUACCCCUUCCAGCUGUUCCUGUGGGACUGAGAGGAGAGGUAUAAUGAUGGACAGAACAUGAACCUGAGAACAGAAUGAAAUUGGGGCUCUGCACAGCCCGUGAAUCUGUGCAGGGAUGGUCUCGUGAGCAGUGUGCUCUUGUGCUAUGGGCUGUGAUUGCUACUGCUAGUGAUGAAU